UGCGUCUAGUUCCUUCUGAUCCCUAUGAGUUCCUCCUCCGCCUCGUCCACCCCGAGAGACGGCACCGAAUCAGAUGGUGAGUCCCAGCGGUCUAGUGCGGCUAUAGCGAAUGAGAACCGACACGUUGGCCUGGAAGGAUCGCAGUGGCAUGCAGUAUGCACUCUCUCACGACUGAGAAGGGAGGGACGGGUUCAUACACAGGUCGAUGGACGAUUCGUAUCAGUGUUAUAUGAUCCCCGACCACAGAGUGGGAGCAAGGCACCUGUCAUAUACUGUCUAGAUUCUAUUUGUUAUCACAUGGGUGGUCCCUUGACCACGGGAGAUAUCGAGGAUAUUGACGGCAUUCCCAGCCUCAGUUGUCCUUGGCAUCAAUAUAAGAUCAACUUGCGGGAUGGUUCUCGACUUUCCCGCCCAGUUACUUUUGAACCAAAGACUCGGAAGCCAAUACCGGGCAAGUGGGAGAGUGGUCCCAAGUGUGUCCAGCGCAUACACGAUGUUCGUUGUACAGCCGAUGGGCAAGUUGAAGUGAGGCUCACUGUGGAAAGCAGUCAGCCCGUGCUCAGCGAUAAAUACGCAUACAACUCCCGUGCUGCUCGUAACCUGACCAUAAAGGGAAGCUCUUCCGAGCAGUUGGACUCCUCCAGGCCUCCCCCGUGCGUGAUGGACUAUUAUAAUUCCCCCCGCAAUUUCAAGAGGAGGUUGUGUGCCCGCCAAUCGACUAUCGGGAAUUGAAUCCUCUGCAUUACUCGAUAGCCCUCCGACUAUCGGACUAUUACGUUUCGA